UUCAUCCUUCACAUCUUUUAGUACUGAUAGGCAUCUCUUUGCCCAUUUGGGUUCCGAAUUUGACGCAUGAUAGUGUCUGCUAAUAACUUAUGUAGUAUUAGUUUUUGUGAUUUUUAAGGUGAUGAUAUUAGUGACACGUAUAAACUAUACUGUUCUUUUGAUGGGAAAUAACAGGAAGCUUAGCUAUGCCACAACCAUUGGUACCAUUUAUUGAAUAACAGAAGCAAGAUUGCAGGGAAUGGGAGGUUGCUGUUGUUCUUCAAGGAAACCUCAUUUAAACGGAACGCCCGUGUAUUAUUAUGGCGAAAGCUGUGCUUUUCGGAAUUUUUGGAUUGGGAAAGGAAAGGCUAUUCUUGAGAAUGUUUUAUGCGAUAAUGGGAGAAUUUUAGGGUCAACGUUGCACAUCUUGAAUUUGAAUACAUCAACGCCUGAUAGUUUCCGCCCCCCACCUGUGCCUCUGCCAUAUGAUGUGGUUUUGGGAUGUCCACAAUCACCAGAUUCUGAGUCUGUUAGGGAAAUAAUUAGUCGCAGUAGUUUUGAAACUUUGGCAACAUGUGAAGAUCUUGAAGAAUUGGACUGCAAAACUCAUGCUAGUUCAUUUCUUUUCUCCCCAAGGAAGUCAGACGUGACAAAAUUCCAUGAACCUGUUGCAUCAGCAACAGAAGAAGAUGCUUGUCCGAUAUGCCUUGAAGAGUAUGACUUGGAGAAUCCAAAACACAUCACGAAAUGCGAACAUCAUUUUCACCUUUCCUGCAUUCUAGAGUGGAUGGAAAGGAGUGACAUCUGCCCCAUAUGUGACCAGGAAGUAAUAAUUGACCGCACCUACAAUUAGUUGCUGUCUAAUGCUUUUUGAGAUGGAGGUUUUUUGGCUGUUUCAGUUAACAGCUUGCCAACUUUAGUGGGCUGCGGAUGGUGUCAAUUCUGUCUCACUGCUGGUUGGUACAGUGCCCACAGGUUCAUUUUUAAUUUGGUCUUGCUUGGUUUGAAGGGUCAAAUUAUCAUUUUGUGUGGCUCCUCUUGAGAAGUUUAGUGGUAGUAAAGGAAUGAACUUUUAGGACUAUAUGGAAACAGGUUUUCCUCUGUUUGUGCCUCUAUAUCCAUGUUAAUACCUCGGUUGCUAGUUAUGAAAUGGAUCUGCAGAUAACUACACGGUUGUUGGAGGGAGUACAUGCAAACCAUGUACCUUCAAGUUAAAAAGCAAAUGGUCAGUGCUGUCUUCCAUGUUGUUUUAGCAUACUAUAUUUCUCUUUCUUUUGCAUAUUCUUUUCUAUUUGCUUGUUGUAUGCUGUGUAUAGUUGUUCUUUAAAAUUGCAUCUGUUAGUUUCUGGAUGAAUUCAGCAUCUAGGAGUCGAUGAAUGUAUGGAAAGCGCAUUGAACAAUGAAAAGGUAUACUGUGUGAACUCAGAUUGACAUGGCAUUAGAUGUAUGCCUACUGUUUAAUUUUAAGAAAAAAUCUUGUAUAAUCCCCUAAGAUGCAUGCUUCUGCAUAUCAAUUCUUUGUAUCUUUCAAUUGCCUGAUCACAGAUUUAUAAGCUCCUCCCAUUCCUUGUUACUGGUAUUAUAUAAGAAUUGUAAUACCUUUUCUAUCUACGAUCUUCUUUGGGAAACUAAGUGAAACAUAUUUCUAGGAACUUCUUACAUAUUUCUAGGAACUUCUUUCCAACAUUUUUUUGAAUCGAAAUUCAAGAAUUGGCCUUGAUAUUUGGUAGAAGGGAUGGUCAAUGGUCAGGUUGGGUUAGUGUUUUUUUUUAAUGUUUUCGCACCUGACUUGGGUACCUCCAUAACCAUCAUUCACUUCCGAUCGAAUAAGGGGAGUUGAAAGGUUUUUUUCACCUAUUGAGGUACCCAACACAAUCUUUUUUAUUUUAUUUUUUUGAACUUUUUUUUUAAAUGAUCUCUUUAAUGUUUUUUUAGCACAUCACGGAAUUACAUUCUAAAACAUUUACGCAAAGAAUCUCACAAAUGUGACCAAUAAUCUUAUUUUUUUUAAUCACAUUUAAAAAGCAAUACAUGUGAUAAAAAUAUAAAUUAUGUUAUUAAAUAUAUUAGUGAUUUAUGAUAAGUAGUACAUCAGUAGUAAUCAGGAUCAUUGUCAAGAUAUCUUUUAUGUUUAUAAAAUGUUUAGUUAUGUGCUCAUCAUUUGAUUAAUAACUUUAUAUCAUGUGUUUUGAGAAAAUAUAUGGAAAAUCAAAUAUCAUCGUGACGCGUUCAGAAUGAGGACUCCACUUGGGAAGGUACUGUUUCUGACAAUAUUGGACUAAACUUUGUGUAUUUGAUGUGUUUAAAUUUUUGCAAUUUUAUCUUUUUGUUAAUGUUUUUGUUUCCGUGCAUUUUAUAGAAUUGUCUUAUGCAUCACAUGUUUUAAUUUUUGAAAGCACACACAAGCUUCUAAGUUUGGUGAGGAACUAGCGAUCUAUCCUAUGAUUAUUGGUCAGGGUUCAGAUGCGUGAAACACCCAACUCAUAUCUGAGUGUCUGCUUGGUAAUGGUGGGUAUACAUGCCUUAAUCAUUUCUCGCAACACCCCUACACUAUCUUUACGAAGAUCGUCACUAGGUAGAUAUGAGACCCUUUUGAGACCAGUUAGAAAACCUACCCAUGUUCACAUAAUGAAUAGAACCCAUCUUUACAAAGGUAUUAACACCCUACUUGAGGUAAGUUGCAUCGCGAUUUGAUGUGAUAAAAAAAGUUUUAAAAAUUGUCUUUUCAUCGGAUAUUAGAAAUACAACUUACGUGUAUGUUCAUAAUCCUUCACCAUAAGUAAGUCAAAACAUUAAAUUCUUCUUUAUUCUUUGCAAUUUUAUUAUAAAAAAAAUCCAUAAAUAAAAAAAAAUUACAAACAACACUCAUUUUCACUAAGAUGUUUUUUUUUGUUUUCUCUUUUUUACAUCCACAUUUGCACGCUACAAAUUAAAAAAAUUCAAAAAAACUAAAUAAAUAUUACAUCAAACAAUUUGGAAUUUACAAAAUAAACCAAAAAGAAAUUCAGAACAGUGCCGGACAGCCCUCUGAGAUUGUAGGAAAUGUGGUGGGUUGGCUGGGAAAGGAAAAUGUGUGGUGGUCGGGCAUGUGUGGGGAUGAAUAAGAGGUGCUGGGCUUGGGAGAGAAAAAUCAAAACCAGGAGGGCAGCGACUUUUUGUUUUUGGCCAAGAGGGGGCGAUCGGCUGGUUUGAAAGAGAUGAGUUUUUAGGGUUAGGGUUUUUUGUGUUCCUUUCAAAUGUGCGAAAUUGCCCCUCUUUGUGUAUGUGUUGGAAACUUUUAUUUAUAGGCAAAAAUAUUGUUAGGUCCCCAAACUUGAUCUCUCAACUUCUUUUUUUUUUUUUGUAAAUUUGAUUUUUCUUAUCAACAUUAACUCGAAUGAGGAAAAUCAUUGAUUUUAAAAAUAACGAGUAAAAAGUCACGCAUUCAAAAGACCUUUGAAAAUUUAAAUCUUUUGAGAGAAGAUAUUGAAAAUGCUAAAAAAAAUUUUGAAUGCGUUUGACUUUUCAUGUGUUAUUUUUAAAAUCAAUUAUUUUUCUUUUUUGAGUUGAUGUUGAUAAGAAAAGUCCAAAAAAUAAAAAAAAUUGAAUUUACAAAAAAUGAAAGAAGUUGAGGGACUAAGUUUGAGAACCUAACAAUAUUUUUGUCUAUAAAUAGAAGUUUUCAACACAUACAAAAGGGGGGGGUAAUUUUGCACAUUUGGAGAGCACAAAAAAAACUCUAACCCUAAAAACCCAUCUAUUUCAAACCAGCCGGUUGCACCCACUUGACAAAACAAAAAGAGCAGCCGCACACCCUCUGGUUUUGGGAUUUUCUUCUUCCUUGGCCGCUCCAUUUGUCUAGCCACCAUCUCCUUCUCACAGUCACUCCUUUUCCCACCAGCCAAAGCAUUUCCUUUCAUUGCUCACCGGGCUUUCCUCCCAAAGCCAGCACCCCCCGCCCUUCUGCCAAAGAGAACCAGAGAGCAAAAGCUUCUAGCCCUCUCUGCCACUGCUCUCUUUCCCCCUGUUUCCCUUUCCAUUUCCCCCCACAGAUCGACCUCCAUUUUUUUCCCAUUUCCUUUCGCCCUCAUCCAGUAGAUCUUACCUUCUUCAGCCUUUUAUGCACACCGACCUCCACAAAGACCCGACAUACCUAGAGUCGUUCCCCUUUACUCUCCCAUCUUGCUGGCUGUUUCAGUUUCUUCUUCACAUCAUCACCAGCCAUCUUGCCAAGACCCAAAGUAGACCCUCCAACAUCAACCCGCACAUGAUUGGACCUGUAGAUCUAGAUCCAUUUCCAACCGAACCCCCUGACCGAACAACCUCCUCCCAUAUCCACCACAACUUCAGCGGCCCUGGACGACAGCAACAACCAGAUGUGCCAUUGGCAGAAGGAAAAAACUAACCGAGAGGAAAAGAAGGCUUUGAACAUAUCUAAAAUCGAACAAAAUUGUUUGUUUGUUGUGUUUCCUUUGCUUCGCAGGUGACGUUGCUUGUCACCACCGGCGAGGGAAGGAAGUUGGGCCAAAUCCACUUGCUUCCUGAGCGUUGUCUGCGGCGGCGCGAGGAGAAGAAGUGUCGUCACUGUUCCUGAAGAUCCAGGAGUUUUCCCACCAUUGCUAUGAAUUUUAGGGGUUUAUUUUGUAAAUUUGAAAUUGUUUAAUGUACUUUUUGUUUAGUUUUGAAUUUUUAUAAUUUGUAGCCUGCAAAUGUGGAUGUAGAUAAAAAAAGAAAAAGAAAAAAGAAAAAAAACAUAGUUAAAGUGAA